GACCACCGGAGCAGUCCGGAGAACAGCAGCAAGGGCAAAAACACUACAUUAUAUGAAACAACGAAGAAAGCUGAUAUGUGGCUUAUUCGAAACUAUUGGGAUUUUGAUUUUCCUCGCCCACUCUUACCAAAUUUUGAUUUUGUUGACGGACUCCACUGCAAACCUGCCAAACCCCUGCCUAAGGAGAUGGAAGACUUUGUCCAGAGCUCUGGAGAAAAUGGUGUUGUGGUGUUUUCUCUGGGGUCGAUGCUCAGUAACAUGACAGAAGAAAGGGCCAGUGUGAUCGCUUCAGCCCUUGCCCAGAUCCCACAAAAGGUUCUUUGGAGAUUUGAUGGCAAGAAACCAGAUACCUUAGGACCCAAUACUCGGCUGUUCAAGUGGAUGCCCCAGAAUGACCUUCUUGGUCAUCCAAAAACCAAGGCUUUCAUAACUCAUGGUGGAGCCAAUGGCGUCUAUGAGGCCAUCUACCACGGGGUCCCCAUGGUGGGCAUCCCUUUGUUUGGGGAUCAACCAGACAACAUUGCCCACAUGAAGGCCAAGGGAGCAGCUGUUAGAGUGGACUUCAACACAAUGUCAAGUACAGAUUUGCUCAGUGCUUUGAAGACAGUCAUUAAUGACCCUAUGUAUAAAGAGAAUGCUAUGAAAUUAUCAAGAAUUCACCAUGAUCAGCCAAUGAAGCCUCUCGAUCGAGCAGUCUUCUGGAUCGAGUUUGUCAUGCGCCACAAAGGAGCCAAACACCUUCGGGUUGCAGCCCACGACCUCCCCUGGUUCCAGUACCACUCUCUGGAUGUGCUUGGGUUCCUGCUGGCCUGUGUGGCCACUGCUAUAUUCGUCAUCACAAAGUGUUGUCUGUGUUUCUGCCGGAUGUUUGCUACAGCAGGAAAGAAGAAGAAAAUGGAGUAGUUACAGCGAGGGCUGAAGCUGGGAUGCCUGAGGAUGGGUCUGCAGUCUAUUCCAGCAAGAAGGGGUUGUGAUGGCGAAUUCUCCUCCUCCUGUGACAGAACAUCUUUUCCGUACUUACUUCAAGUCAAAAUUUGUUUUCCAGAGAUUUAGUACCUGUUUAAAAGUUAGAAAUAUUCCAUGUCAAAU